AUGAAGAUAUUCACACGCUGGACACGGCCACAGAGCCUGGGUGUUGUGGCUACUUUCCUUGCCCUUGCCGCCGUGGCCUUUGCUGCAAGCGCGGUCGGUGAGACAGUGACGAUCGACACGCCGGCCGGACCCAUCACGGGCAUCCGCGACAUCAACGUCAACCAAUUCCUGGGCGUCCCAUACGCCGAGCCUCCUGUUGGAGACCUCCGCUGGGCUCCGCCUGUACCGAAGGCUGUGGGAGCGAUCAACGCGACAGCAUUCCAGCCUGGCUGCCCGCAAAAGUGUGAGCUGCCGCCUGGGACGUGUCCCGAGGUCAUGGCCGAGGACUGUCUGUACCUGGAUCUGUUUGUGCCAUUCUGGGCCAAGCCGACGUCGAAGCUCGCUGUGAUGGUGUUCCUGCCUGGUGGGCGGUUUGAGCAGGGCGGGAUCCCGACGUCGCUGUACUCGGGUAACUUUUUCGUCAACGACACGCAAGUCAUUCUGGUCAACGCGGCGUACCGGCUCGGGGCGCUGGGGUGGCUGGUGACGGACGGUGGGAUCGAGGGCAACUUUGGGUUCAUGGAUCAGGUCCUUGUGCUCGAGUGGGUCCAGAAGAACAUCGAGGCGUUUGGCGGUGACCCCGAGAAUGUGAUGCUGUUUGGGCAGUCUGCAGGCGGCACGUCGACGACGGUCCACCUCACGGCAGCCAACGCUGGUGACUCGAACCUGUUUGCCAAGGUCGUGAUCGAGUCGAACCCGUUCUCACUGCUGAUGAAGCCGACCAAGAUGGCACAGAAGACUGGCAAGAACUUUGCCAAGGCCGGCGGCUGCGAGUCGACAGACACGGCGUGCCUCCGCGGCCUGCCUGUGGCCAAGGUCAUGGAAGCGCAGAUUGCAGCGCAGCAGAAGAUCGACUAUCUCAAGUUCCUCACGGCUUUCUACCCGUGGACGCCGACCGUGGACGGCAAGCUCUUUACCAAGCAGCCGAUCGAGGCUAUUCUGGCUGGCGAGUUUAAGAAGGUGCCGGCCAUGCUCGGCUCGGUGUACAACGAGGGCCUGCUCUUCAUCUACCAGGCAUGGAACCACACGCUGCCUGCGUGGGAAUACGAUGCGCUGAUUGUGGACGUGUUUAACACGCGCGCGCCCGCGAUUCUGAAGGAGUACCCGGCGCUCAAGGGCGGAGUCGACAACCGCGACAACAUUGCGCACAUGGUGACGCAGUUCAUCUUUACCUGCCCUGCGCGCGCCACGGCGCGGGCCUUUGCCAAGGCCGGCAUGCCAACGUACCUGUACCAGUUUGAUCAUGUCAUCGGGCACGACAUCUGGGGUCCGGAGUUCCCAUAUUGCGUCGACAAGGUGUGCCACGGCGAGGAGCUGCCGUUUGUCUUCAGCUCUGGCUCGGAGUUCUUCACCCAGCCCGAACUGGAGCUUUCGACGCAGAUGGCGACGUCGUGGGCGACGUUUGCCAAGACGAGCGACCCCAAUGCUGCCGACACACCACUCAAGUGGCCGCAGUACGAUCCCAACACUAAGCUCAACAUGCACUUUGCCACGCCGUCGUCGAUCCAGUCCGACCUCUGGGCGGCCGAGUGCGACAAGUGGGACGAGUGGGGCUACAUCUACGACCUCGGUCACUAAGGCUCUCUGUUCAUUGUCAGUCCAGAGCCGCCCGACGUACUACGCAAAGUAGAA